AUGUAAAGGGUGGAGAUUUUCAAAGGCAACACUUGAACGGAGCUGGCGUAGGAUCUCCCGGCUUUGAAAUUUAACUCGGAAAAUGAAAUUCAAGUAUCAAAAGAAACACCAGCCGCUCGACCCAAUUAAACAAGGACUUCGACUCUUUGCACAUGCCCUUGGAAAGGCUUUUCUCUACUUGGGAACUCCGGCUCUUUGCCCGCUCCAUCAAACGUGUUCGUUGUCCCAGCUUCACUGCCAGUAUCUAGGCGUGUGUCCUUUCUGCAGGCCGUGCACUCUUUCCGGAUCGAGAACCCUGGAAACAUGCUCGAAUCGGUAUUAUUCGUGCUGCGGCAGUUUUAUCGAUUCGUAUGCCCCCUGCAAAUCUUCUAUGAAAUCGAGGAAAUGGAACGGACCGUCUGCCACGAGGAACGGGAAAUCUGAUUUUUGGUGUUGUUUUUCCCAGCCAUGCCACACGCCACACUAUUGUCAGGCCGCAUUAGCACUUGGACCAGUGAACCAACAAGGAAUCUGGCCCAGCACCGCCCCCCGCACACAAGCAACAAGAAAAAAUUCCACUUCCUGUACGGGGACUUAAUGAAAAUAAAUCUAAAAAAAUAUUAACAAA